CCCACCUAUAAACUCUCUAUAAAUACUCAAUCAUUUCCCUUGAACCCAUCAAACAAAACAAAGCGAAGCACAGUUCUGUCCGUGAAGUACGUGUCUUGGUUCGGUUGCUCUAGGCCGCUCUGCGCCAUUCUCUGCAACCAAAUACCAAGUGCCCAUGGAUUCUCCGGCGGCACCAACCGCUGCCACCACCUCUAGCAGCUCCGAUGUCUUGCUAGGUAAGUAUCGGCUAGGUCGUCUUCUCGGCCGUGGCAGCUUCGCUAAGGUGUAUUACGCUCGGUCUCUUGCCGAUGGUUCCGAUUUGGCUGUGAAAGUAAUCGACAAGACCAAGAUCAUAAACACUACCAUGGAACCUCGCGUGAUUAACGAAGUCUCUGUAAUGCGUCGACUUCGACACCCAAACAUCAUCAGGAUCCAUGAAGUCAUGGCUACAAAAUCGAAGAUGUAUUUGAUCUUGGAGUACGCCAGAGGCGGCGAGUUGCUCUCCAAGAUUUCCCGGCGUCAACGUUUCACUGACCCCAUCGCCCGCCGCUAUUUCCAACAACUGGUCUUAGCCCUUGAAUUCUGUCACAGAAAUGGCGUCACCCACCGAGACCUCAAGCCCCAAAACCUCCUCCUUGACGAUCAGGGUAACCUUAAGGUCUCCGAUUUCGGCCUCUCUGCUCUCCCAGAGCAAUUGAAAGAUGGGCUUCUCCACACUGCCUGCGGAACGCCGGCAUAUACGGCCCCUGAAGUAGUCGGACGGAAAGGCUACGACGGAGGGAAGGCAGAUGCUUGGUCCUGUGGUGUCAUCCUCUUCGUCUUCCUCGCUGGAUUCCUCCCUUUUGACGAUUCCAAUCUCGCCGUCAUGUACCAGAAGAUUCGGCGCCGGGAUUUUCAAUUUCCGUCCUGGUUUUCAAAGUCGGCGAGGUGGGUGAUCGCUCGGUUGCUUGACCCAAAUCCUGAGACCCGCCUCAGUAUCGAAGCUCUAAUGGAAGUGGGUUGGUUCAAAAAGUCCUUGCAAUCGAAGGAUCAGAAUCAAAACCAUCAGAUACAAACCAUGUUCGAUUUGCAGCUAACAAUGUCGCCGGAUAAAGGUUCGAUGAGUGCAUUUGAUAUAAUAUCGAUGUCAUCGGGAUUGGAUUUGUCGGGGUUGUUCGAAGGCAGAGGGAAGUGGGCGAAGAGAUUCACAUCAAUGAUGGAAUCAGCAGAGAGGAUUGCGGAGAGAGUGACGGAGGUUGGGAAGAAAUUAGGAUAUACAGUAGAGAGAAGGAAGAAAAGUGUGAUUGGGUUGGGGAAGGGGAGGAUGGGAUUGUUGAUAGAGGUAUUAGAAGUGGUACCUUCCCUGUUUAUGGUACAAGUAAGAGUGGGAAAUGGGGAAGUAGGAGUGGAUUUGGUGGAGUUGCAGUGGGGAGAGCUGAAAGUAGAGCUUGAAGACAUGGUUUUUGCCUGGCACAACGAUGCUGUCUGAGAGCUUUCGCUGACCCGUCCUUAAUUUGGAUGGCUUUUCCUCUAUCCACACUGUACUGAGAUUUAUAGAGCUAGCAUAGGCCAUUAAGGCCUUUUCUGAUCUUAAUGUUGCCAACAAUCCCAUUGGGUUGCACUAAUCCGAGCUCAAGAUCGAUUUGAAUUGUUGUAUAAACGAGGACCAACAAACUAGUCAUUAGAAUUGUGGACUAGUAAUUGAAUAAGGGUUGUUCUUCUUUGUAAAAUCAUUAUCUAUCUUGCAUAUGUUUCUCCAGAUUUAGUUUAACUCGUUUUUCUUCA